CGUGUUUACGUUCUCUUCUCCAGGCAGUUCCAGGGCCACACCGAUGGAGCCAGCUGUAUAGACAUCUCCCACGACGGGACCAAGCUGUGGACCGGAGGGCUCGACAACACCGUCCGCUCCUGGGAUCUGAGGGAGGGCCGGCAGCUCCAGCAACACGACUUUACCUCACAGAUCUUCUCACUGGGCUACUGUCCCACUGGAGAAUGGCUGGCUGUGGGGAUGGAGAGCAGCAACGUGGAGGUACUUCACCACACCAAGCCAGACAAGUACCAGCUGCAUCUACACGAAAGCUGCGUCCUCUCCCUCAAGUUUGCCUACUGUGGUAAAUGGUUUGUGAGCACGGGGAAGGACAACCUGCUGAAUGCAUGGAGGACUCCUUAUGGUGCCAGCAUAUUCCAGUCGAAGGAGUCGUCCUCCGUCCUGAGCUGUGACAUCUCUGCGGAUGACAAAUACAUCGUGACGGGUUCUGGUGACAAGAAGGCUACCGUCUACGAGGUCAUCUACUGAGGAGGACGGGCUCCCUUUCAGCACUUCUACUGAGAUUAUUUUCCUGAUUUAACGUGGGCCACAACAGGUUGAAGCAAACUACAUUUUUUUUUUUCUCAAACCUAUUUUGGAAACCAGCUGCACUGUAGGCCUGUGGAAACUCUUCUGGAAGGAUUUUUUUUUUUUUUUUAAUCCCUCGUUUUGCAUUUUCGGAUGUGACUGGGUGGAGCGGCGCUUCAUUUCUGAGAAACGAAUUCCUCAAUCCUGUACACUGUGUAAAUACUGGAUUAAAUGAGACGUUUUAUAUAUUAUAAAAGUAUAUAUAUAUUUUCAUGUCCUGGGUGUACUUGCGACCAUUGUUUUUGGUCGCUCUCAUCUGAGAGAGAAACCAGAAUGCAGACGGGAACUUUUUAAAUACUGCACCCUGAGCGUUUUCUAAAGCACAUUCUGCAGGCUGAUCUUUCCGGGAAUCAGAGGAGCUCAAAUCUUGCAAUGUUGAACAUUUCAUGGAGAUUUUUUUUUUUUUUUUUUUAAAUGGCCUUAAGUCACAUUGCUCUUAACGGACAAACUGUGGUCGGUUCUCCGACUCGGUGGGACCUCUACAGGAACGAGUAGGACGUUGGUUCAGGAAGAGAAACGGAUGUAAAUUUACUUUCUGUAUAAAAAAAAAAAACUGUACACGUGUCCUAAUGUUCUGGUCUGUGUGUGCUUUCCCCUGUUUGUGUUGAUCGCUUGUGGCAGAUGGAGGAUGUUAAAGUGCAGUCUAACCCUUGGACCUCAGCUGGCAGCAGAAGCGUUGCAAAAGGCACAAACAGCGCCUUUUUUUUCUCUAAACCCAUGUUAUACAGAUUCUUUAGCUGCUCCAGUGAUUUCUAUUCAAACUCAACUCCAGCGGUCCAAUCUGUGCUGCUGAAAUUCCUGCGCCCCGCUGUAUCCGACCAAUAUUCCUGGAAUAUGUUGUUUUGGCUGUGAUGGAGAGGAAAGGCGGACUGUGCACGUCCGUCAGUCCUCACAGAAAUGUUCAGUGCCUGUAAAUGCUUUUUGAGGACGGAGGGAAGCACACAUGAAAACCCAUACUGUAGGUAGCAAAUGAAGCUGAGGGUAAAUACUUCUGGUCUGUUUUACUGUGCUUCUCAUCCUGCUGGCAUUUUACAACAAAAGGGGGAAACUGCACCUCUGAUUCACACCAAAGUAUGUAGCAAUCGCUGUCGGCACUGAAAACAAAUGUACAGUUGUUAAUGAAUCAAUAAAACUGUUUUUUUUCUAGGAUG